AUGGAGUCUAGUUUAAAACCAGCUGGCAACUUACACAGUGAUCCAUCUGCACCAGGUGAAAAUGAGUAUCCUUCUGGAUUUCCUCAAAGUAUUUGCGAUGAUGUACCCCAGCAGAAGUACCUGUGCAGCAACUGUAAUAACGUACUGAAUGAGGCACGUCAGACUUUGUGUGGCCACCGCUACUGCCUCGCUUGUGUCAGUUGGUUAGUGAGGUAAGGCAUUUCAAUUAUUUAUAUUAUAAAUUUUGUGAAACAUCUUCAACAAUAACCAAAGUUAACCAUUUCCUCAUAUAUCAUCCACACUCUUGCCAGUAUGUAACACAGCCUACAAGUUUCCCUUUUUUGCCUUUCCCUUAAGUUAAGUUAAGAUAUUACAAUUCUGUUAACAUAUCUGUGUAUAUUGUAUUAUAAAUCUAAUCCCAUAUGUUCAUUGUUGUUAUUUAGUAAUAACAACAACCUUGUUUGCAAGAUGUGCAAAGAAGAAGAUCCAAGCUCAGAGAGUGAAACAAGCAUACUGACAUCAGACAAUGUAUGUAUAGCAUUACUGAACUUUGUAUACAUGCUGGAAUAGCACAAGUUGAUAGGGUUGAAUGAUACAGCAGACCUAUAUGACCUUGAUUAUGGACCCAAAACAAUUAUGUCAUGCAUAACUUACUGUAGAUAGCUCUGCAGACAAACCUUCUUUAACAACACAUUAAAGAGGCAAUCUGGGAUGGUACAUUCUUUUUUAACUUUUACAUUUAUGAUAUAUAGCCAUGGAUUGUUGAAGAAUAUAACUUAUAAAUGCCUCAUGAGCUUAGCUCAACUGUCGUAACCCAUCAGAAACCAAAAUACAAGCCUGUUUUACUCCAUUGUUUGUAAACAAUGUAAUUGUUAAUAAACACGGGUAUGAUUCAAAACAUGGUUAAAAUUAUAAUUUUGAUCUCAUGGAGGGUCAAUCCUUGCAUCCAUAGCUCCGUCUAGUGUUUACAUUUCUCCAGCCCCAUCCACCAUCCAUCUUCCUUCCUCAACCUUCCAUCUACCUUCCAUCUACCAUCCAUCUACCUUCCUCAACCUUCCAGCUAUCUUCCUCAACCUUCCAUCUAUCAUCCAAUCUACCUUCCACCUACCUUCCCUUACCUUCCAUCUAACUCGGGCAUUUACCUUUCAUCUACCUUCCAUCUACCUCUGGCAUUUAAGCCCUUGAAUUCCUAUGCAAAAUAAAUGUGCAAUAGUAAGUAUUGUAGCUGGAUAGAUUAAAUUAUCUACUAUUAUCUGACGUAUGCAGCGUUUACCGUGAAUGCAGUCUCCGCUAAAGCAGGAACAUGACCUUUAAUUACAUGUCUACUGUAGCGCAGCUCUUCAGCGCUAGGGGUUGAAUAGAGCCCUACCCCUUCUAAUCAGAGCCUAUAUUCUGAUUUUAGAUGAAAGGCCAUAGAAAUUGAACUCACCAGAGAAUUGCAUUGACCUAAACUAUUUCAUUGUUCUGGUCUAACUCUUCUCAGUGGUGUAAAUAGAAUGGCUGUAGAGUUCACAAUGUUGAACAAGUUGAAAUGUGUCUGAUGUGAAUUAGUCCAUUGCUGAGGCUCUGAGUCCAUAGAAAAAUAAUUACUAAAAAGGAUAUUCCCAUUCAAGUCAAAAGUCAGUGUUAUUUUUCUAUGACUGAGACAUGUGUCUCACCAAUAAUUAUAGUGAUAAGUAAUAUGUUAAGUCAGCAGGUAACAUAAAACUAAUACGUUAGCAUACGUGACAUAUAACUACAAUGGUUAAAAGGCAUUAUUUUUGACUUAUUCUAAUGAGCCCAUGUUGGUCAUCACCGUAACCGAAUGCUUGUGAUCUAAGUCUAGGCCCAGCAGAAUGUGGUUCAGCAUGAGCUCCUCCAAACAUCCUGAUCAGAACAACAGACACUCCAUAAUCAGCUCACUUGUUUAAUUAGAAUGUUGGUGUGUUGUGCUAAAUUAAUGGGCCCGUAGUAUAUUCAUAUCAAUAUGACGGAACAUUUGGAAAAAUAUAUUUUCAUGACGGAUUACUCCUAUAUUUUGAUUCAAUCGGGUUAAUGAGGAACAUUGAGUACUUAGCGAGCAUCACAGCGCAAUGGAAACUAAUUGCUGAAGCUUGUAACAGUAACUCACAUUUUGUAUCUUACAUUUAGCAUUCACCUUCCCUUUUCUAUGGUCACAAAGCAAAGGCUUGACUGCCUCCGACUGUUCCUUCCACAGUGGGUGCAUUGUUGGUCGUCAGUUUUAAGUAGCUACUGUUGUAUUGAAUGAUUAUUAUGAUGCUGAUUAAAGAGAUAGAAUGGCUUUGUGUGUUUAUUGCUUCUGAAAUUCAACAGUAUAGAGACACAGACAGCAGCACUUCAAAGAUCUACUUCAAACUGUAUUAGCUCACAACAAUGAGAGCCGGAAAACUUUGUCAUUCAAACCAGUAUAGCACUGAAGAAAUCGGCAGUGUGAUAAAUAGAAAUCAGGCCAUUCUUUAUUAUGCAUAAACAUUUUCCCUCUGAGGAUUAAAGUGAUUUAAAGUGGAAGUACUGAAUUAGUCAUUUAAGUACUAAAAGUUGAUCUUAAUUCUCCGAUGUGUUACUCCAGUUAUUCAGUGAUGCAGCCAUCAAUAAGGAGAUCUUGGAGUUGAAAGUGCAUUGUGCUAACCAAGGUUGCUCCUGGAGGAGUAUUCUCAAGGACUUUGAGGUAUUGACACUUUUUUACACAUUUGAACGAUACAAUUAAGAAUCUACUUUUUUGUGACAGUGAGACUUAUAUAAAAUAAAAUAAACACUGUAAUGGGUAGGUAAAAUGUAAAAUGUUCUUUACAGUACUUACGUAAUUAGAUCAGGGUCAGGGGCCAAUUUGUCAUCUAAACUAAAUUAAAAUACCAAGUUCUCUUGUAGAAAACUCAGACCAAAUCUUUUAAAUUGGUGCCAAAAUAAUUCAAACAUUUUUAGAGCUAAGUUAUUUCGAUCCCAAUGCUACAAUUCUAAUGAGGACAAUACUUACUGAUUAUACAUCAUCCAAUGUUGCUAAGAUAAUUAGGUUGUUUAUUAUAAGUAUAUCAUCUCAUAAAGUUUAGUUGAAAUGUUGCCUUUGAAAGUUUAUUUGAAAAAGAAGGGGAAACAGAAUCUAAUAAAAAGAACAGAGGUCUAUUUUGAAUGAUCUAGAUCAAGUUCAGAAAAAAUUGGCCCCUGAUGGCUGAUAUUGACUUUGCGCUGAGAUCGAGAUGUUGAUGUUGAAAUUAAUUGAUUCACUGAAAUGUUGUGCUGAGCUCGGGUUGGUUAUCAAUUGUUUUGUUGUCCUUUCUGAAUUGUCUUGAAUCCUCUUUCAGGAGCACCAGGGGCAGUGUGAGUAUGCCCUAAUCCCCUGCAACAUAGGCUGUGGUCACAUGGUGUUGCGAAAGGCCUUGGCCUGCCACCUGGAGAAGGCCUGUCCAAACAACAUGUCAGUGUGCUCCGCAUGCUGCCACUCUAUGAGCCCCAUAGAGCUACAGGUAAGACAGGCCCAAAUAAUUCAGUUCCAGCAGUGCAUUCAGUAGCUGUCAAACUAACCACCUCAUCUGAGUUGCAAGUACUGCCACUGACAGGUCUCGCUGACAUUCUCAGAUGUUCAGCCCUGGUAUGAAGUGUUUUUCCUCCUACAAAAUGGCUAGAUAAGACGUAAAGAGUUCCAUGAAUUUUGAAAGUUUGGAACACCCCCAAUAGAAAUGUAGUGCAUGCUGACUAAUGGAGUUAUGGAAAUAAAUAGCCAGCGUAGUUUCCUGUAGUUCUAAACUGCAGGAGCUACAGUAGUAGGGAAUUUGAACAAAAAUACGUUGGAAUUGGUCUCUAGUGAAAAACCUUGGUUGGGGUCUUGGAGAUUGGUUCAGUAUGACAUUGGAGGGGUCCACGCAGCGCAGCUGAAGCUGCAGGGUCUCUAGUGUUUACUGCUGCCCCAUAUUCCCUUUCGCUAGUGUUUUGAGGAGGAUGGGGGGCUGCUGAGAGCUUUGGACUGCAGCGAAGGGGAGCAGAAAGCCACAGAACACUUUAGACUCAAGUAAAGUUAGGUUAACCAUUAGGGGGUAGGGCAUCAUGAUUCGGGAUAAAAUGUAUACAAUUGAUUGUAAGAACCGAUUGCAAAAGCUCUAAGUGCAGACUACUCACUACACUGAAACAGUAAUACUGUACUACUUUACUGUUCUACUGUACUACUUAAGUAAUACUGUACUUAAUCAAUGGUAUUACUAGAUAUCUCAUGUAGCUAUUGAUUCUAUGAAAAAAAAACUGUAGGCUUACAUCUGACUGUUUCUGUCUAUCUUCAACAUUUUUGUGUGUUGUUUUACAGACACACUCAUGUCACAGUCUUGGGGAGGAAAAGGCUGAUAAAAAACAAAGGAAAGGAAAGGUAGGAAAAGAUAUGUUUGUUCUUAAUGUAGCGGCUGUCAAAUCCAAUUAUGUUAUUUGUUGUAUAGCUGAUGGUUGUUGUGAAACACUUUUUUGUUGCCACAUUAGAUGUUAAUUGUCAAAAUUGUCUUGAUUCUACAGAAUAAUCCUAUUCCAGGUUCCAAGGCAAAAGAGUAUUGUGUUUUCUCUGAAGUUGGUUGCACAUUUAAGGUUUCUAUUAAUUCCAUUAUUGCAUUACAAUAAAUUGGGCAUCAAAUACAAAGAGUGUGGCAUAUUAUAAAGCUUUUGCAGUACAGUUAUUGAUGUUUUUGCCUUCUAAUCCCAUGUAUUUUAGGGGACCACAGAGAAGCUGAGAGUGCAUGAGAACAGUAGCCAUGUUGGCCACCUUCAGCUCCUGCUGCGUGCCGCCACCACCACCAGCAGUGACCUGCAGGCCUCCCCACUAACAGCCCCUGCCUCAGGCAAGGAGGAGAACAGGGCUAUGGAUGAGCAGCUGCCCCAUCUCAGAGAGGCUCUGUCUGGCCUGACACUGCAUUGGGACAUGGGACUGUCAAGGGGGGAUGGGGAGCUGGAGACGGAAGGAGGGGACGGAAGGGAUAGCUCGGCAGCUCACAGCCUGCGAGAUGAUGAUCAGGUGACCAUCCUCCUGGACCUAGGGCGUCAGAUAGACACACUGCAGCAGAGGGUCCAGAUAUCGGAGAACAUCAUCUCCGUCCUGAACAGGGAGGUGGAGAAGACCCAGCUGAGCAUGGAGGCUGUGGAGAGGGAGAACCAGAGCAACCAGGAAAUGAUUUAUCACUUAGAAAUAAAGGUACAGUAUAUCUUGAGUCAGAGCAUAAACUCAUCUUUGUGGACCAGCUGAUUAAUUCCAGAGCACGCAGUGAACUUCCAAAAAAGUUUAAUCACACUCCAAUAAGUUCAGUUGAAUCAUACUUCUUAAAACAACCAUUAAGAAGUGCAUGCGUCCACUAUCCUCCCAAAAGUAGGCUAAUAUGUUCAAGAAAGUAACUUUUCUGAUGCUCCUAAUUUGCAGUGGUGGAAUUGUAGCCUAAGUAUUGCUGCAUUCACCCACUAUUCUUGAAGAAAUGCUGGUCUGGCUGAACAGUGAGGGGGAAGGGAGAGCAUCAAAUGUCACAUAUUGGUCGGAAAAAUGGACUGUUGCCUAGAAUGAAUUUGGCCUUCCUGAAAAAUAUCCAUUUAUAUGCCACUUCCGCAAGCAUUCCUCCCUCACUCUUAGAGUAGACGGCCUCUUCUCAUGUAACAGUACAUAUUGAUGUAGGAUCUUAAUUUGAGCCAGUUUGCUACAGCAGGAAAAUAAUCCUGCAGCAACAGGAAAUGUGAAUCAUUAUGUAAUAGACAUUUUUGUAGGGGUUGAUACAUUUUUCGUAAGGAAAAAUCAAGUCUGAAAUUUCAAAGUGGAAAUUAAGAACUUUAGAAGCCUUUUUAAACCUGAAAAUACACUACGAGUUAAACAUUUCCUGAAUUGCAGGAAAGUUCUACUACAACAGGGUGAUCAAAUUAAGAUCCUACAUCUGUAGAAUACAAUAGGUACUUUAUUUAUCCUAAGGGGACAUUUUAUGUCAAACAGCAGCAGACAAAAAAGACACACUGUACAAGACAAACAAACAGAAUACAAAAUCAGGAGCCAUAAAAAGUGCCAUAAACAUGCCAUACCAUUAAAGACCACAAAAUAUGUCUUCAGAAUGCACAAGCUAUUGUUGAUGUGAGUCAUUUUAUGAAAAUCACAAUUCAACAACGCCCUUACUCAUAAUGAAUAGGAAACUAUAUGUCAUUAUCCAGUGACAGCUGUCGGGGAUUUCAGCUUUUGGGGGAUUUCCUACUGUAAAUAUUUGAUCAAUCUGUUCUUAAGAACAUAUUUCCUGCAAUUCAACACAUUUUGCCAUGACUUAUGCCAUGUUAAUGAUCUGAGUGAGAGUGACUAACAAAAUCAAUGGGGGCCCCUUGGAGGUCAGGGCCCCUGGGCACGUGCCCUCCGUGCCAGGUCAGUAUUCGGCCAUGAUUACUACAAGUAUAGAUAACUGGCUAGACUAAUUUACCAAUCUAAAUAUUGUUAGCUGACAUGGCUAAUUGUGUGACUGACAAAACAAGAGAAAAACUGCUGACGCACAACCACAUUUCGAACUUGCACCUUGUGUAUUCUAAUAUUGUAAACCUCAACAGUAAGUUGAGACCCUGACUGAGUUCCUAAUAAAACAUUUAAAAGUUAUUAUUACAUUUUUGGGGUCGGGGGCCCCCUAGCGGCCGGGUGGCCCUAAGCGACCGCUUAUGUCGCUUAUACCUGUAGCCGUCCCUGUUUAUCAGUGAAACACAUUACAAUGGUCUCUGUGCUUUUUGCACUGGCCACUAAAAUGUGUCAGCUUAAUUAACAGAAGAAAGCAAGGUAAUUGUACAUUGUCAAGAAGUUUUCAUCUGUUGUAUUCACUGUAAUCAUAUGCUCCAAUAUUUCUCUCAAAUCAAAAACAUAACUUUCUUGAACAGUGAACAAACAGGAGAAGUAAUUAUAUAUUUUCCAUAUAAUCAUAUCCCAUAUCACAGUCAGGUGAAAUGGAACAAUCCUAAACAUAAUAUUUGUCUAUGUAUUAUCUGACCAGGAUAAUGGGGCUGAGAAUAUAAACUUGUCUUUGCUUCAGAUGAUUCAGCACCAAUGCAAUGUCAACACUUGCAACAACAAUAUAUUUCAGGAAGUUCAGCGGGAAGAGAAUAAAUUGUAGGGGGGACAGAAUAGAUGUAUCUGACAACAAUGACAAUACAAAUGUUUUCUGUGUGAUGUCUGUUGUUUGUAUAGGCCCUGUAUAGGUUCCAAAAGGGUUCUUCGGUUGUCCCCAUAGGAGAACCCUUUUGGGUUCCAUGUAAAACCCUCUGUGGAAAGGGUUCUACAUGGAACCAAAAAUAGUUCUACCUGGGACCAAAAGGGUUCUACAUGGAAUCCAAAAGGGUUCUUCAAAGGGUUAUCCUAUGGGGACAGCCAAUGAACCCUUUUAGGUUCUAGAUAGCACUUUUUUUCUAAGAGUGUACUGUAUUAUACAGAUGUAGGAUCUUAAUUUAAGCCAGUUUGUUACAGCAGGAAAAUAAUCCUGCAGCAACAGGAAAUGUGAGUUGUUAUGUGAAUUAUAAAUAACGUAGAAAGCCAGGCAUAAGGCCGAAACGCAUGCUCUUUUUAUUUUUAUUUUUUAUUAGCACCUUGCACUUUCAAUUUUUGUAUUAUUUUGAGCAUGGAUUCAAUUAAUUUAAUCGGCCUCCUUGGGUUAUUCCUCAUCAUGGUUUUGAGUGCGAGUACUUUUUUAACUCUACGAUUAUAAAUAACUAACAUUUUUGUAGGGGUUGAUACAUUUUUCGUAAGGGAAAAUCAAGUCUGAAAUUUCAAAGUGGAAAUUACAAACUCUAGAAGCCUUUUAAAACGUCAAAUACACUACAAGUUUAAAAUGUUCUGCAUUGCAGGAAAGUUGUCCUGCAACAUGGUGAUCAAAUUAAGACGUCUGUAUGUGGAGGAUGUUGAAUCUCCUGAGGAGAUUAAUAAAGUUGUAUUGAAUUGAAUUGAAUAUUGCCCUGUAGGUGACAGAGCAGGAGCAUAGAAUGGCCAGGAAGGAACUGGUCAUCAGCUCCCUGAAACAAAGUCUCAGCGCCCACCAGGAGGUCUCUUAUGACGGGACCUUCAUCUGGAAGCUGUCUGACCUCAGCUCCAAAAUGAAGGAGGCCGUCUCUGGCCAUGGGAAUAGACCAAACCUGUACUCUCCAGGUACAGUACUCUUCCAACUUUAACUAAAACCGAGGAACCGGUGGUGAAGGGCAGUCUAUUCACACAGAGAGACAGUCUUCUAUGCACAUGACAUAAAAUAGGCCUAAAUUAGAAAGUGCUUCAUUUGAACUAAAUUGUUUUUAUGGAGAUGCUUUGUUGAAACAUUAUACAGACAGCACUGGGUCAGAGGCACCAAGUUCCCGCCAAUAUUAUUUGUAUCCACUGAAACACUUUGUGUUUGUGUCCUCUCUCCUUCUUCUAGCAUUCUACACAGCCAGGUAUGGAUUCAAGGUGUGCAUGAGGCUGUACCUGAAUGGUGACGGGGUGGGAAAGGGCACUCAUAUCUCUCUUUUCUUUGUGAUCAUGAAAGGGGAGUAUGACCUACUUCUCUCAUGGCCAUUCAAGCACAAGGUAAGGAAGGCUCUCUGUGUUAUACCUGUGUAACAUACAUCAUAAAUUGUUUAUUUAAAGGGAUGAGGUUUUCAACUGAAAUGUUAUUUGAGAUUUGUCUCUACAGUAAAUAAAACCCAACAAAAACUCUGCAUGACUCUUUGUAGAUGUAGUUCUCAUCUCUUUCCCUCUGCAUCAUUAACAUAAUAAAAAAUUAUCAGCCAUCUUGUGAGUGUCUGUCAGACAUGUUAAUGUCUAAUCAGCAUAUCUCCUCGCCAGGUCACUUUCUUCCUGCUUGAUCAGAAUCACAGAGAACAUGUGAUUGACGCCUUCCGGCCCGACCUAACCUCAUCAUCCUUCCAAAGGCCUGUUUCAGAAAUGAAUGUGGCCAGUGGUUGCCCGCUUUUCUUCCCUCUUGGUAAACUUCGCUCGCCCAAGCAUGCCUACUUGAAAGACGACACAAUCUUCAUCAAGUGUGUUGUUGACACUUCAUCCUGAGCCAUGCUUCAAAUGAUCUAUCAAAG